AUGAGCUCCUCCUCCAAGACUAGAACUCGCCUCACCCAGCAGCAGAAGCUGCGUCUGAUCAAGAAGGCUGAGAGCUCCACCGCUGUCAAGUAUGAAGACCUGGCCCUUUGGGCCAAACCUCACGAAAGUGCUCAGCGCAAGAACAAGCCGUCUCCGUUCCAGCUACAGAUCGAUCAAAACAUCGUCGAGUUCAUCAUGCUUGCAGAGGCGGAGGGCAUUUGCCUCAGCGCUUCUACGAUUCAGAAGUGCUGGUUUACUUCUCGAUUUGCUAACUCCGAGAAACCACCCGACCCUUCCGCCCUCUUCUCCCCUCCUAGCGUCAUGGCGAUGCAAGAGCAAGCUCAGCAGCCACGCGGCCGUGCAGGCUUCUCGCGCCCCGAUCCUGACGUGCUUCCAGCGGUGAAUGAAGUAGAUGAAGGCGCCGACGAAACCAUGGCCGAAGCCACCGUGUGA